AUGAAUAACAACUCGAUAUAUGCGUUUGAAACCUGUAGGCGGGCGCACAUUAGUCGUGACGCCGGUGCGGCCGUAAUAGUCCUGACCAACCGUUAUCAGAGUAUCCUCUUGGGGGCUUACUCGUCAAGCCACACUGUAGCGAUCAGAGUCAGGUUUGGUCCUAGACAGUUGGACGAUGUUAUACUUGUAUCGUCCUACUUUAAGUACAACACACCUACCAUUCUCCACAUAGAGCGUUUAAGCCAGAUCAUGGAAAAAGAGAAACGUAUCCUCAUCGGGGUGGACACGAACGGUCACUCGAAACUCUGGUUUUCGGAAACCCGGAACCGUCGCGGUAGAACCGUUGAUGACUUCAUACACAAAUAUGGUCUUAGGGUUCAUAACAUAGCCGGGCAAAUGAACACCUUUCGCCGCCGAGAUAACAGGACGUCCAACAUCGACGUUACGCUUACGACGGCUGACAUCGGACAUAAAGUUAGAAAUUGGCAGGUCAGUGAUGAAACUGACAGUGAUCAUAGGGUAAUCAGUUACAACCUACUCGUCCGUAAACCGCCCCCGAGAAUCCCGGGGCCAGUGCGGUACAACGCUAAGACAGCGGAUUGGGAUCUAUUCAACACUACCCUCCUUGGCGAGGUAGGCCGCAUCCCUUGUAACUGCAUUAACGCUAUGGCGGCGGGCAUAACCCGUGCUCUGAUUACAGCUGCGGAUAAAGCCAUGACGAAAAAGAGACCGUCUGGUGGCCUGGGCAAGAACCCAUGGUGGUCCCCAGAGUUGGCAUCACUAAGAAAAGAUCUGGUCCGUAAAAGACGCCAAGGUCUUAACAGACCGGAGUACAAUAUACUUAGAAACAGUUUCCUGUCGGAAAUCAGAAAGCACAAAGCCGACACUUGGAAAAACUAUGCUAAUGAAUUGAACACUAAUCCUUGGUCCAGAGCCUUCAGCUGGGCCAAGAAAGGCAGUCGACCAAGAUCGAUCCCGAGCACGCUCACGAAAGAAGACGGCUCUCAAACCGUUGACUGUCUGGACACAGUCGAAUUGAUUUUGGACAAGUUUGUGCCGAGAGACCCGCAACAAGGCGAACUGGUCUACCAGGGCCCUCUGGAAUAUACGGAGUCCCUUGAUCCGGAGUCUAUAAAAGUGGCCAUAUGGCGAAUCAAACCUUCGGGCGCCCCUGGAAUGGACGGAAUUUCGGCCCGGAUGCUCAGGAAGGCUUGGCCCACGCUCAGAGAGCCGAUAACGCAUCUCUUCGGCCAGUGCGUCAAAGCAGGUCAAUUCCCUGAUUGUUGGAAAACGGCGGAGCUGGUACUGGUUCCGAAACCUGGUGCAACUGACGCAUCUCUGGUCAAGUCGUUCAGACCAAUCAGCCUGCUUCCCGUCCUUGGGAAAACACUUGAGACUAUAAUAAUAGGUAAAAUUAUAAACGAGACCACCUUGGACACGCACGUAGAACAGCACGGCUUUACGACGGGUAAAUCCACCUCCGGUGCUCUGGAAGCAGUCUACGACUGGGUCGACGCGUCCAGUUGGCGGCAUAUCUUUGGCACCUUCCUAGAUAUCACGGGCGCGUUUGACAACGUGAAAUGGUCUCCUCUCCUAUCUCAGCUCAUUCACCUAGGGGCCUCACUUGGGACAGUCAGAAUUGUACAGUCAUACUUGACGAACAGAUGGGCCAACUUCCACAUGGAAGGGGUGUGGUACAGGCGCAUGCUGGAACGAGGAUGCCCUCAAGGGUCCCAGCUUGGACCAACACUCUGGAAGGUCGCAAUCACACCAAUAUAUGGCUCAGUCAUUAGUCCUGACAGUACGAAGAUACUAACGUAUGCUGACGACAUACUGCUCAUGGUAGGGGCUGCCAGACCUAAGACAGCCUUUACCCGAAUAGAAAAACAAUUGGACAAGUUUACUACAUGGGCAACAGAAUUCGCUCUUGAGUUCUCCGCGGGGGAAAACUCAGCUCCUCUCCCUUAA